CAUUUGUGUCACGACUAUCCUGGUUUGUUUCACGAUGAUAGACUCAGACGAAUUCAGAAUUGUUUCCUCCCGGCCUGCCUAUUUAUUUUCACAUUCUUCUCCGUUAGCUUCUUACUCCGUGCAACCAUGUCGAACGCGAAACCCACUACUUCAUCCUUGAUUGUACUGCGCGGCUCAUCCUUCAGCAGCGUCUCUUCAGAUAAAAGCUCAAGCUCAUCAGACUUUGACAGAUACUCCUACGCAUCCUCAUCAGGACAGACCACUCCUGAAGAUGGCGAGGAGAAGACGUUCGAACUGGACGUACGGCAUAUGGCUGGGAACGAGGAGAAGCUGAAGCUGCGUCCUGUCUUACGAAGCAGCAUCGCUAUGAAGAAGGCUGCGACUGCUAUUCAUGCUCGACCCCGAGCGUUGACUACUGCUUUGAACACGGUGACUCGGGCUCUUACUACUGUCUUUAGGAAAAAAAGGCUGCAUGAGGAGAUCUACAUGGCUAGUCCGAUUCGAGAAAGGUUUGGGAGGAGGAUUUCUGUCAGGAUCAGACCAGAAGAGUUCUACAGUCUUCCAAACCGAUACUUCUCCGUACACGAUCUGCCUAUGAAAAAGGCCGAGACCGUUGGACAUCACACGGGAAGAAGGAUCGCAUCCAUGUCAGGGCCGCUAUUCUCGGUCGUCCAUAAUCAUAAACCGUCUCGUAGGCCGCGCAGUCAGACCACUUUCGAUACGACGGAAUUCGUUGAGGCCGCUGCGCCCUUGUUGUCACCUGUGCCCUCGUCGCUACCUGCGGUCGCGCACGUCUCUCUCGCUGACCCCACACCUGAAGAACGUGAAUCGUCCCAGCGCAUUCUCAUCAGUAUCCUUCCACGUAGUGCUGUUUGUUCCCUGCUUGUGGUAUUCCGCUCAGGCUAUCUCGAAUCCACACAAGGUAUACGCCGUUUUGCGCACUGGGCCGACUGCGCAUUCCAUCAUGCUAUGAUCUUCCUGGCGCUCGUCGUCGCCCUCGUGUGGUACAAGGCAGCCGUGGGCGUUCCGGUGGCUUGUGGGCUCAUGGCCAGGUUCAUGUAUAUCUGGUCGGGCUUCCACUUCGACUCGAAGGUCCCGCUGGGUUGGGAUGAUCGACAGAGCUUGUACUUGUUGGCGAAGGGCAUGGCGUUUGCGAACAACACGGUUCUUAUCAAAGGUUGUGAAGGAGAGGCGAGGAUUGCCCGGUUGAGAGAUGACUGA